AUGGACUGGAUUCAACAUCCAGUCCCUGUGAAGCAGGGCACCUGCGAGGUGAUUGCCGCUCACCGCUGCUGUAACCAGAACCGCAUCGAGGAGCGCUCCCAGACUGUCAAAUGCUCUUGCUUCUCUGGCCACGUGGCUGGCACCACCCGGGCAAAGCCCUCCUGCGUGGAUGCCUCCAUCAUCCUGCAGAAGUGGUGGUGUCAGAUGGAGCCCUGCCUGCCGGGGGAGGAGUGUAAAGUGCUCCCGGACCUGUCGGGAUGGAGCUGCAGUAGUGGACACAAAGUCAAAACCACCAAGGUCACACGAUAG